AGCUGGGGCACUAGUCAAGGCGGGAGAAGGCUGCUCAUGAAGGGAAAAAGUGUUGUGAAUAACGUACAAGUUUGGUUUGAUCAAACCAAGAGGAAAGGAUGCUGCGGACUCUGAGCGACUGGUUCUGGUCGGAGAGGAUCUGGUUGCCGUGUAACUACACCUGGGAUGACUUUCAGAACAGCGAAGGCACCGGCGCCGCGUCCACGUCCCAGCUCCUCGUCACCCUGCCGCUCGCCCUGCUCUUCAUGCUGCUCAGACACGGCUUUGAGAGGGCCAUUGCUACACCUGUGGCCAGAGCCAUGGGGAUAAAGUGCAAAGUCCGACUAAAAGCUUCAUUUAAUCCGGUCUUGGAAAAUUUCUACAUCUCUGGCUCUAAACACCCAUCUCAAACAGAUAUCUAUGGCCUGGCUAAGAAAUGCAACCGUACAACAGUACAGGUCGAGAGAUGGUUCAGAAGGAGGAGGAAUCAGGACCGACCAGCAGUGAUGAAGAAGUUCCAGGAAUCCUGCUGGAGGUUCACCUUUUACCUGUGUGCUCUGAUCGGGGGAAUCGCUGUCCUCUAUGAUAAACCUUGGUUUCAUGAUGUUUGGGAGGUAUGGGUGGGAUACCCAAAGCAGGAAGUUCUGGCAUCGCAGUACUGGUACUAUGUCUUGGAAUUGGGCUUCUACUGGUCCCUGCUAUUUAGCGUUGCCUCUGAUAUUAGACGAAAGGACUUCAAGGUACAAGUUGUUCACCACUUGGCCACCAUUUUUCUAUUGAACUUUUCAUGGGGAGUCAAGUACAUCCGAGUGGGAACUCUGACCUUGCUGGUGCAUGACGUCUCCGAUAUUUUGCUGGAGGCUGCUAAAAUGUGUAGCUACGCCGCGUGGAGCAAGGCUUGCAACAUUAUCUUUGCCGUAUUUGCAGUUGUAUUUGCCAUCAGUCGGCUCAUUAUCUUCCCAUUCUGGAUAAUCUAUGCAACGGUGGUGUAUCCCCUGUACUACUGCCCACGCUUCUUCCUCUACUACUUCUUCAACAUGGUCAUGUUUAUCCUUCAGUUCCUUCAUAUAUACUGGGCAUACCUUAUCUUUAGGAUGGUGCGCAAAAUGAUCUCAGGAAAGAUGUCUGGUGAUGAUCGGAGUGACAAUGAAGAAGAGGACAGUGAGGAAAAUGAAGAGCAGCCAUUAUCCAAUGGGGAUGGCAAGAAGCGCAUCAUAAAUGGGCAGCACGACCGCUAGGUUUGCAGCUCAUCAUAGGCAGUCGCACCCCACCCCACCCCUGAUAACAGCGGAUAAAGAGUAAAAGGAUCAUUCUUGCUGAAUUUCUAGUGAGAGAUGCAGCAGGGAACGGGGAUGGGGGAGGGGGGCGACAGACCACAGCUGGAUGGGCACCACUGCUCAGAAGGUGCAGGGUCCUCUUCUUUAGGACUGACUAUGUUUGAGGCAAGGCCCAGCCAUUUUUCAGUUCCAAAACCUAUAAACUUUGAAAGAAGAAAAAAAAAAAAAAUUCCACCUAAAGUGACCGCUUGUUCUUUUUUGCUUUAGAAGCAACGGUUUAAUUUCAUAUUAUUAUAUUUUUUUCCGGAGGAGACAGUAUUCUCAAGUAUCAGAGUCUCCCCUGGGAGUUCAUUUACAUUUGUUAGUGUGGGGUGAGAUGUCUUACAGUGUACUCAAGGAGGCAAGUAGAUCUGGUGCCAGCUCAGCAUCGCAGUAGCCUGGGAACAUUUGCUUUUAUUCCGUUUUCAAGCUAUGAAGAGUGGAACAAAGAAUUUGAAUUGCACUAAACCCUCGUUGACCAGAGGGUUAACUUCCCAGCGCACUGACGACGAUGACACUGCCUCCACCUCCUCCUUGGCUCUAUUUAUACCACAUACGGGAACACAAGAGGAGCUCUGUGUAUAAUACACACGCGAUUAACUGUGCUCAUGCUGUGACCUCAUACAUGAGCUGCACAGGAGGGGACGGCAGGAGAACUCACCGUCUGUUCCACCAAUGGCCACAGGAAGCGCUAGCUGUUCCUUUUGCCAUUGACUUCUGUGCCUGCUUUCAACAAACAGCAAAGGACUUAGGUAUUUUAAUACAUAUGCAACUUUUUAUAAGACUGUUAGCCAGUGCAUACUUGACAUUAUAUUCCCCCCCCCCCCCCCCCAAAACAUGCUGUUCAUGCCCUUAGAGGGGAGAUGGCGCUCUUAUAGCUUUAAUGUAUACGUGUUAUAGUAUAUUUUCUAAUUACAGCCUAUUUCUAAAACCCCAAAUAGCUACUAUAUCUGACUUUGCCAAAUGUGGAGAUUUUAGCCAUGUCCCCUCUUCUUCUCCUCUAGCCCUUUUAUACAGUUUGUAGUCACGUGCUGCCUGUAAACCAGGAUCAGCUGCGGUUAGGUACAUGUUUUACUAUAUGCAGUAUUCCCAGACAUGUAUUGCAGCCAUGUUUAUGAAGACCAGGGAAAUAGCUGUAAAGACAUGAGGGCAGAUUUCUCAAGCUGUCUAAAAGAAAACUUGGUACCCGUACAAACCAAUGGCAGCGCGCCUUUUAUUUUUCAAGAGUACUAAAAGAAAUGAAAGCUGCACUGUGAUUGGUUGCUAUGCUGUCUUUUUUCUAGGCAGGUUGAUAAAUUGGAGCCAAUAGUGUUUCCUGCAGUGGACUGGCCCGGAUACACAUGGUUAACGCCGGUCCCAUAUUUUCUUUACACACUAACUUUGUAUCUGUAAUUUGUCCACGUGUAAAUAAAACCACAAAGAUAAUAAAGUGUUGGAUUUUACCUGG